AUGGCUUCCACUCAAAGCGAUCCUCGACUACUUUACAGUGUCCAGAAUAUUCGUGCUUUCCACAUCCAAGAGGGCGAAGAAUCCGAGCUUACGCCCUCCGGCCCUCAGACUCUCUCCUUGUUGAUGGUGCCGACGACUGCUCCUAAUCCAGGCACGUCAGAACAACAGCCAGGUGUUCCCGAAGAGGACUUCUAUUUGCAUCUUCACCUCCCACCGGAGUUGGACAUGCCCCUUCCCGCGACUACGCAGAUCUAUCACCAACCGCCAAGCAGCUACUUGAUCCCUCGCUGGGAUCUUGGUACCGACUCAGGAGCCUUUAUCCGCAUACAAUUCCCAAGUGUCGGUACAGGACCGAAUAAAGUGACUCAGGAGGAAGUGGACACCUUUGAAAGCAUUCUGGCACAGUGCACAGCGUUCCUCGAACGCGCACGUCCACCACAGCAGCAGGUGCCCUACAAUCCGGCGGAUUAUGCUCCAGGGGAGGGUUAUAUCUCCUCCCCUAGUGAGAAUACCCAGCCAGGUCACCCCCAGAUCGUGCUUGUAGAUGAGGAGGACGGUAGUGUUGUUGGAGAGCUGUCAGAAGGAUACAAUGUCGUCGAAAAGCCCGGCGUCAAGCCCGGCUCGAAGAGACCCGUCCAGGUUCAAUUGCCUGCGGAAGGCGAAGGCAAUCAGAUCAGCGUCAGCGAUGUCUCGGAUGAAUAUCUCCGCAUGGCACGGCAUCCUGCCUACAAAGACUCGACGAUCGUUCAGACGUCCGCAAUGGCAUCCCGCCUCAUUGUGACUGGAUCGACAUAUCUCUCUAAGGCGUUGAUGAGUGGAGCCGAUGCCUUUGUACAGAAGACAAAGCCGAACCCCAAGCCUGUGACAUUUGCGCCAGCCACACACGCCCGCAUCCGCAAGAUCAACACUUUUUCCACAUCGGCAGCGGGUUUGUCCGCGAAGACCGUAGGUCAGGUUGGAAAGGUCGCACAGAACGUCGGCGCGUCAAUAACUCGACGUAAAGAUGCCGGCAAGCAGAAGGGGACUGACAAGGCGGCUAGUCCUGGCUACAAGCCUGGAAUUCUGAACAAAUCCAUGAUCGCCUUCUCCACAAUCGCGGACGGUCUCGAGCAGAGUGCCCGUAAUGUGCUAGCUUCGAGCUCUGCUGCUGCGAGCACAAUGGUCCACCACAAAUAUGGGCCAGAGGCAGGUGCUGUCGCUUCCAACGUCACCGGCGGGUUCAAGAACGUCGGCCUUGUGUAUAUAGACGCCACUGGCGUUAGCCGUAAGGCGGUUAUCAAGUCUGUCGCUAAGGGUAUGGUAAUCGGACGUAUGCGUGAUGGGACCCAGGUGGUCGUUGGUGGUGGUGAUGGCGGCCAGGUUCCACCGGAGGCGACACAGGAGGGCAAGGCGGGGCUUUUGAAUAGCAGUCAGGGACUGUCUGGUCCGAGUCGUGAUCCCAGCGCUCGUCGACCAUCGCCAGUUCCCACGCCGCCGCCAGCAUAUGGGGCUCCAGGCACCCGCUCUCUGGGGGAAACGCCGAUGUCUGGAAGCAAGCAAUGA